UUACUUUUCUAAUAAUGGGCGCGUUGCACGAGAAAGCUAGGCUAGCCAAGCAGAAAGAGCAUAGUUUCAAAUUCUUAAGGCUCUACUUUCGUAAAAAUCUGUUCAACCGUAUAGAUUUCAAUUUUCUCGUGCAACAUGCCUAAUGGAUCCAACGCACUUUUCAAUCUGAAUUGAUAUAGUUUACUAUCAAAACUUAAAUCAUUUUAAGAUGAAAAUGAUGCAUUAUGUUCGAGAGUCAUUCUCUUAUAACUCUUUUUCACACACGGCUUUCACUUAUAUAUCCCUGUUACAAUCAAAGCAAAAAAACUACAUCUGUCAAUAUUUUCCAGAUGUUUUUAAGAAUUACAUGAGUUUGGUGUGAAUUUUUGAUAGCUGCUCUUCACGUUGAACUUCAGCUUUCUACCCACAAGGCAAUCAGACAGUUUGUUUCCGGAUGUGAAAAGCAUUUAUGUUUGCUUUUUAUCCAGAAAAUGCUUUAAGAGAAAAAAUGCUGGAAGGGCUUUAGUAAAGAACAGUUUAUUUGUUUAGCUUGAUGGUAAAAUAAAUGAAAAUCCAUAUUAUUUUUCAAUAAAGAAUAGUUCAAGUGAUUCUUAUGUAGCAUUACUUUCUGAAAUAAAACAGACAACAUUAUCAACCGAUUUAGUUGGUGGGAUAUUUCAAUUACAAAAUAAAGAUGGUUCAUUUUCAUUUUCAAAAAAUUUACAAACAUUAUUUUCUAAUGAUGUUAAUUUCGAAAAAGUUCAAAGAAGAUUAGCUGAACAAGGUUUAAGCUCAUUAGGUAUCAUGCACUUUUUUUGUAGAAUCAUUGACAAGGGACGGUCCCUAAUUGUAUCCUCGGUUUUUUCUUGAAACAUACAUAGUUAUCCCGAAUUUCUGGUGCUGAUCUUUACUUGUAUCUCUUGACUUUUAGAGUGAAACUUUAGAAAAUCGGCUUACAAGGACCUGUUAUAAAAUGCAAGAUGAAGAGAGUUUGAUCUUCUUGUAGAGCAUGUCCAGUUCCCUAUGUAAAAAAAUUUCCGACUUACGGAUUGAGUUUUAGUGAGGAUGAGGGUCGGCUCAUUUUUUCUUUGAAAGGAGAUAGAUAGUCAAGGCUUAUGCUAAAUCAAAAUCAAAAACUUCUUCAACUGACGAGAGAACCACUCGAGGUUAUAAACCGAUUUCAGAUUGGAACUGUUUUUGUUAGAAAGGCCCUAAAGAGUAGUGAAAUACCCCAACAUGGUUCAUCCUCAUGGUGCUUUGUUGCUGAGAUACUGAAUUUUUAAUCAGUUUUUGUCUACACAGCUUGGAUUUCGAGCAAAAUUUGACUUUCGAACUUUGAUGUUAAACUUGCCACACUUGUAGUCUAUGGUCAUAGUAGUACGACAGUAAAGUAUUCGGUGUUAAUAUUAAGUUUUCUUGCCGUGAGAUAUAGAGACUCGAAAAUUUCACCAGGUGAGAGUCAAAUGUUCGAGUCGAUUUAUAACCUCGGGUGGUUCCUUCGUCAGGCUAAACUCCAUGCGUAAAUCUGAAAACUUUUUCACAUAGGGAACUCAUGCUCUACAAGAUUGAGGGAUCAUACUCUCUUUAGCUUGCAUUUUGUGACAGAUCCUUCUAAGCCGACUUUUUUGAAGAUUCACUUCAAAAGUCAAGAUGGGUACAAAUAAAGGUCAGCACCAAAAAUUACGUAUAACUAUGUAUGUUUCAAGAAAAAAGCGAUGAUACAGUCGAAAAUC